GCGGGGGCGGGGAGGCUGGCGACUUUCCAGCCUGUACUUGGAGGAAGGACGGAUAUAACAACAUGCCACAGGCAAUCAGUCAAAGCCGGCUGCCCCCUCUCUCCCCCCCCCCCGCUGCUCCGCCGGGCGCCCCCUCCCCUUCCCGGCCUCUAUAGAGGGGUGAGUGGAAGGAGCAACCCAAACCCAGGCAGAGCGUCCUGCAAGGCAGCAGCUGGAGCAGCCACAGCCGCCGCCCGCAUCCCCGUGUGGUGUCCAACGGCCGCCAUGGGCAGCAAAGCGCUCGCCCUCUUCGCCCUCUUGCUGCUGCUUGGGGCCCUUCGGACUGCCGAGGGGAAGCCCAUCAGCUUGACUUACCGCUGUCCCUGCAGAUAUUUUGAGAACAAUGUGGGCAAGUCCCACAUUAAGCACCUCAAGAUCCUGACCAUCCCUGGCUGUAAUCUCCAGAUUAUUGCAAGACUGAAGAACAGCAACAAACAGAUCUGCAUUGAUCCCAAGUUAAAGUGGAUUCAUGAGUAUCUGGAGAAAUAUCUACACAAGAGACUCAAGAUGUAAGAGGCGAGCAUUGUAGCCGUCUACAGGAUGCCUCACUGUGGGAGCCACAGAGCAGAUAUCCCACUAUUAGGGAAUGAUGGGUGCAUCUCUGUUACCACGCAGCACAAAAGCGACGCUUCAUGCACUUCCAGAUGCUUUUAUUUGCACAGACGCCUUCCCUUUGCCAGUACUAUCUGAUGUAGCAAGACCUUCUGAUAUAUUUUGGUUUAUAACAUAGUACCAGAUCCCAGUAGCAGAUAGAAACCAUUUCUUAUAUGACAAUUCCUUUCUGCUGUGCAGAAUCCUGACACUUGCUUCUUCUACCAGGAGUUUCCAUGCAGGCUAUCUAUACUGUGAAAGAAAAGGGUGGGGAAAGGGUCCCAUUGACAUCUGUUGAGUAGACUUUUUUUUGUGUGUGGCAGAACCCUGCUGGAAGACAAGACAUGCUAUGAGUUUGCAUGGUGAGUGACUGGUGUAUUCCAUGACUGUGCAGGUAAACAAUUGCUGUUGAUGGGGGAUGCACAUUGACAAAUGUGCAUCUAGGCCCUAAAUGCAGCUCUUUCUAGACAGAUGCACAUGAACAGGCAACAUUCUCCAUGCUCAUGCCUUUGAUCUUGGAAUAUCUUCAUUCAGGAUCAUAGAACUGAUUCAUGCAUUACUUUUGAUUGCUUUUUUUUACUAGGAAAAUAGUUCAUUUUUGUGAAUACUGUAAUGUGUGUGCUGCAAGCCCAUGGAGCUCAGUUGUAGCAACUAUCACACCUGUGAUUUUGAAAGUUAAUGCGGUUGAACUCCUGUGUGCCUUUUUGGCUAACACAUGCUCCAAACAGCAGACCACCAGAGAGUUAAGAUAGUGGUCAAAUGUGCUCUGUGAGUGAGUGCACAAAGAGAGAUUGUGCGCCUUUCCUAGAAUCAAAGCGUGUAAAGUACUUGAUAAGGCACAGAAUGCCUUGUAGUGCGCAUUGCUCAGUGUUCCCAAGAGGCAAAAUCAUGUAUUUCUGACUACCAACUGCAAACUUCGUAUGAUAUUAGGACAUGUGUGAUUUAAUAAUAAUUUUAAAAGUCAUGGGAGACGGGCUUUGUAGGUCUUUACAUGAACCCCUGUGGUCUCCUCCUUUAAUCGUGGUGCCUGAGCUGAAGGCCACAUGUGAGUUGUCAUAAAAUACCAUUGUUUGGGCUCAAAUUAAAGGUCUCAAAGAGUACAACACAUUCUGGAGGCCAUAAAGGGGGGCAGAGAAAAUGUGCAAAAUAUAUAAGACAUCAUAUUUGUCCUCACAUGAUUUAUGUGAUAAGAAAACCACAUUGGCUGUUGAAGGGUUGAAUUGGUACACACAUACACAUUAAAAUUUGGUAUGGUGACCUAUUACAAACCAUUAUUACAACAUUAUAAGCAAACAAUACAGUGGAACAGUGUGAUGAAAAUUGUGAUUUUUUAAAUCACAAUGCGAUAAAAAUAACCAUGGAAAAGAUUAGCACAAUUCAAUCUAGUGUCUGAGUAGAUGCAUUAGUAAAAGGCAGUGGUGUUGGGCAAGAGAAAUUCCACUGCUGUGCUUUUUGACUAAAUUUCCACGUCUAAAGAUGUUAGAUGUCCAUAAAAUUAGUUAACCAAAUAAAGAGUAGAUACAAUACUAGUCAAACCUGACAGUUUAAAGGUUGUGUUUCAGCUUUUUCAGGAAACAGUCUCUAGGAAAAUUCAGUGAAGGACACCGAAUGUUGUUUAACUAUUGUAUUCAAACCAACUCAACACUUAAAUUGAAAAUUAUUUUUAUUGCGACACUUGUAAAUAUUUUAAGACAUGACAACUUAAUAGCAUAUUUGUUCAAAUUUUAAGAAACAAAUGAAGGCACUGAAAACUGUUAAUGUGAGUUUUAUCAUGCCAAAGAGCUAUAUUUAAUAUAACAAUAAAUGAAUAAUAGUAUGUGCAUGCAUGCUUCCUAAGGAUAUGAUCUAUAAAGCUUUCUGUCUGAUAUGUGUCCUCCAAAUCAUGCGCCAUGGGUAAAGAAAGGGGCAAGGGCCUGCAUAACUGGUCUCCCAUUAGUCUUCUCUUUUAACUACAACAUGGGUCCUACUGUUAUGUGAAGUUUGCAGUUGGUAGCAAGAAAUGCAUGAUUUUCACAGUUGCACACUUCACAAGCAUCCUUUAUAUUGCUGGCAAAGGGCUAUUUGGGCACUGAUGCAUACACAGCCAAGUGUGUCAAAGAAGGUGUUAUUGGCUUAUAGCACUAGCUUGUGUUAAUGAUGAUGCAAUCAUCCAGAUGUUCCACUGGGAUCACAUAUUGCCACUGGCUGAUAUCCUGAGUAAUGAAACACUGGUGCAAUGGGAGAAGCACGAGUGCUUCUGAAAAGUUCAAUAACUCAGCAGUGAGAGCAGAUUUUAGUUACCUCCCAUUCCCAGGAAGUGCUCUGUGCCACCUGAAAAUAUGUCGCUGAGGGUUGCUCAGGGACAUAUUUUCAGAUGACACAAAGGGCUUCUGGGGAAAUGGGAGAAACAUCCCCCCCCACCGCCACACACACACACACAUACAUACACACACACACACGCAAUAGUUUUGUACCUGGAACUCUUCAGCUACAAACUGGAACUCUUCAGAAGCACUGGUGUUUUAUUAGUCAGGCUGCCAGCAAGUGAACCUGUAUUUAGCCAAGUGUGAAAAUGUCUUGUGCUUGUUUUUGAGCCCUGUUCAACAUGGGCUCAUCAGCAAUCUCUGCUUGUUUGAAAGUCAACUUCAUUGCAAGCAAACUUCUGCAUCAUAAUCAAAGUUCUCUCAAUUUCUGAUAUGCAAACAUGUCAGAAAUGAGUCUUAAAUCUUCCUUUUUUUGCUGAAAGUAAAAUGCCAAAGAGUAAAUCUAAUUAGACCUGGAGUAGGCUGUCUUAUUCAUCACACUGUUCAAUCAAUCAAUUUUCUAAUAUGUUUGUCUACCUGCACACUGAGUAUGCCAAAGCAGGACAGGUUUGUCCUGGACCGACAUUAGUCUGUUACCUUUGGAGAGCAAUAAGGGUUACUGCCUAGUGGGACUUCGAGUUUGGUCCUCUUGGGCUUUUGCACUUUCUCCUGGGUGCCAUUGGGUGGUGAUUGCAUUCCCUCCAUAACAGUUUAUGGGGAUGGGACCCCUGAGCUUACUGGAGUAGAUCCAGGCUUCUAUAAUCUGGAGAGCAGAAGCACAAUGUGUCUAUGUGAAACACUGAGCUUGUGAGCUGGGACAAAGGUAGAUGCCAGAAUCGGAAGCCUGUCUGCUUAUCAGAAUCUGCACUGACCAGGCUUUGCUGGCUUUUCUAUGGUACCCAACCAAAGGAUUCCAACUAUUGGGAUACAGGAGGGAAUAGCAUCUUCAUCAUUCUCCCACCCCACUUACUCCUGCUUCUAUCUGAUUGGAGCUUUUCUCUCUGCAAGAUUAGUUUAAAUAAUCUUGUCUAGAACACAUGCACUAAGUCCCAUGGUAGUUUCCUUGAUCUGAGCAAGGGGCCCAUUUUAGUGCCUUCCCCCCACUAUGGACUGAACUGUUCAGGGGACUGAACCUUUGACCCAAGAAACGCAGUUGUUCACUUUACUCUAUAAGGGACCAAGAAGUAUAGAUAUGUCACUGUACUCCAUGAGGCAAUGCAUCUUGCACAAUGCAUGGACUAGCUCCUCUUUCAAUGGCCUAUUGAGACCGUAGCUCUGUGUACGCAGAUUUGUAUCCUCAUGCUUGUCCUAUGGCAGUGGUUCCCAAUCUGGGAGCCUCCAGAUGUUGCCGAACUACAACUCCCAUCAUCCCCACUACAAUUUAUGGUAGCUGGGGAUGAUGGGAGUUGUAGUUCAGCCACACCUGGAGGCUCCCAGAUUGGGAACCACUGUCCUAAGACCAUUUAAAGAUAUAUAUGGCAAACAUUGUUUUCUUCAGCUAAUUGUUGACCAAAAUAAAAUUCAGGGAGGAGAGACAGAGUCUAGCUUAACAAAACAAAAAUCCACACUGGCCACUUAUAAUGUGGCAAAAGAAAAGCAGCACUGAAAAAGUUCAUUCCCCAUAAAUGUGAAAAGUUCACAGGCCUUUUUUUAACUGGCCUAUAACCGACAUUUGACAAACAGCAACCAUGUAUGGUAUUUAUGGAACCACCAGCAGGGCAAAGGCAAUGUUUCUAAGUAGAUUUGCAAAUGUAAUAGCUUCAGGGUCUGCUUCUGGUCUGAAAGAUAAAAAGUGAGCGAGUUAUAUACCUAGCAAUUCAUGGGUAACAGGUCCAUUUGGAGACGGUGCCCAUUACUGGCUGUACUCAUUUUCCCUUUUCUUUAUAAUUUGCUUUUACUAAACGCAAAAUUAUAAGGAUGAAAUUAAUUCAGCAUUCAAAAGACAUUUCAAAAUCUGCAUGAAUGGACUCUGAGUCCAGAUACUUCAAGCUGAUAUAUUUGAGAUUGGAUUUAUUUGCAAAAAUGUAAAUACCAUGUGAAGGGAGAAAUUUGUACUUAAUGCUUCCAGUACAUCUUUGGCCAUUAGAACUGGUAUUUGAUUGACAAAAUCAGUAGAUUGUAUCCCAAGAAAGUUAGACAUGAUUAGGACCAUUGAGAUCAAUGAUACUAGUGAGUUAUAACUCCUGGACCUUAGUCAUGACUAAUUAUCUUUGGAUACAACCGUUCCUUUCUGUUCCUCAGUAAAACAGUCAAAUGUCAUCCAUCUUUAGCUAUCUAGUACUAAAAAGAAAAUAAUCAAUCACAGUAAAUGUGUCAAGUAAUGAAAAAAGCCAUCUCCCUGUAGAGUCUCUGGUAUUUAGUGAAUGACCAGAACCUAGAAAUAUACUGGGUUGACUGCAAUGUCUGGCUUGUAAUAGAAGCCACAACCCAUUAACAAAAUAAUGCCAGCUGGAGUGUGCAAAAGAAUGGCGCCUUAAUCAGAUUCCAGAGGAGAAGAUUUUGCAGCAUAGAAAGCAAAGAGUUUUGUGACACCUAAAUAAACCAGUUUAUACUAAAUUAGCUUUUAAAGUGCCACAGGAGGAUUUUUGUCCCCUACUUAAAUAGCACAUUUGAGAAAUAGAAUUAAACACUGGUACACUGAGCAUCCUCUCAGCGGAGCGCUAUCAGAGUGCUGCCGAUGCCUGCUCAGCGGUGUUCUGACCUUGCGAAUCCUGCCUUGUCAGACUGCUUCAUCACAUACAUGAAGGGGAAAUUAUGUUCAGGUGUAGAAAGCAGGUAGGAGGAGGUAGGACUCAUCUAAUUUGGGGCUGCAUGAGUCCAUUUUCUUAAACAACUUUCUUGGCAUCUCAUUACUCCGUAAUGGAUUGUCUUUUGACAGUCUUGACAUAGCAGACUCUUCCUCAGAUUUUUUUUUUUUUUAAUGGCUGAAAUUCAGAUUUUGACACUGACGUCCACAAUUUGGUAACUGGAUUAACAUUAUUUGAAAUUGCCAAUUAAUUUUAAAUGCUGAUGAAAUUUCAUUUCCACCCUAGAUUUUGUUACAUUCUACAAGUUUCCUAUCUUUGUUUGGCCUGUAGUUAUUUGGACAUAAAUGGUGAUGAAGAUUCAGAAUUAUCAGAACAAACACAUUGACAAAUUAGAGCAGCAUUUUUCUAACUCUGUUUCUAGAGAAUCCCCAAUAAGCCAAUCAGGAAGCAUCACUGAGAGGAUCGGUUAAUUGUGGGCAAGCUUUCCUGAAAGUCAGCUUUUCCAUGACAGCUGAUCUUUCCCUGUAAUGCAUUGCUUCAGGGGAGCUGUGGGUGUGUUCCAGAGGGCACUUUGAAUCCAUGAAAGACAAUAAGGCGUCAGACAAAAGUCCUUCAUGAACUGAGGUGCUAUUUACAUGUUACACAGCUAAUCUGUGGUUUGUUUUUUUAAAAAAGUAUUAAUUAGAAAAAAUAAGUUUUAGGGGAAGUUUAAAGUGGAGAAGUUAUAGGUUUUAAUGUUUGGAGAGAACAGCCAGUUGCCGCCAAGAGUGUGCUUCUACUACCACCGUCAUUUUUGUGCCAUGUGAAGCCAGACAUGCUGGGCUUAGAAUGUUGGUUAUCCACCUCAGCCCAACAUUUUAGGCCAACAUUUUCAGUUAAUAUUUUAAACCAACAUUUGCAUUUUAAGACAACAUUUGCAGACGAUAUCUGGCUAAGGUAGGUAACCAACAUUCUCUAGCACAACAUUUCCCGCUUCAUAUGUUGCGGAAAUGGCUGUGGUAGUGGGAGUGUGUGCCCUUGUCACUGUUUUGUGCGAAGCUGCCCACUGUGUCAGGGCUCUAUUAUGCUUAUCAGUGCACAACAUGUAGCUAGCUCCUAAAAAGCACCUUGGAAUAUGCCCCAGAAUCAUCUGCAACCUGCUGAGGUUUGUCAGCAGUUAUGGGAGGGAUUUCUUGGCAGACAAGAUAAUGUACAAAGUGUUCUCUGAAAGUAGAGAGCUUUGCAAACUACUGAAUUAGAGCAACCAUUGGGUUGUACCAUAUCUCUGAUUGUAUGUAGGACGCCACCAUGGGGAUCAUAAAUCUCCACUAAUAAGAGGGCUGGAAACAAUGCAAUCUCACUGACGAGCAGCUUCUUUUCAGGAACAAUUUAUAUGGCCAGAUGUUCAUCUAGUGACCACAUCAUAUCAAAUAACAUGGAGGCUGCUCUUGUGUAGCUAGCAGUCUGUCUCUGUGUGUCCAUCCACCAAGUAGAAUCUCCAGUGGCCACUACACUUCUCAAGUCCUUUUGUGAUGAGCAGUGGUGUGGGGAAAACAGGAGGGUUUUGUACAGGUCUAUGCAUAACUUGCCACACAGAGCAGCCAUGAGGACGCUGGAUGGAAUGUAGCCCUCAGGGAGCAGCAUCACUGUGCAUACUGAACGGGUUUUCAGUGUGGUUUGAAUGGGAUUAAUACUGACUGUGUAUAUGAAAGGCAUGUACCCAUAAAGCUUCCCAAAUAAUGUGAAAAAGGAGUUUUUGUUUCAAAGGCAGCUUUAUAACAGUAUUUCUUGCAGUGCAUUAAAAAAAAAACAUUUACAAAUAUUUUGAGGACCACUACAAUAUGUCUUUGCAAAGUAUGUAAGCACUUAUAAUGUACUUAAUAAAAUCUGUAUUCAAAUUCCA